GGACGGGAUCUUGAAGAGGUCGGGGAGGAGAAAGUUUACCGAGGUUGUAGGCGCUGGGUACCCUCUUAGGCGGAUCGUGUUGGCCUCAACAUGUGCAUAAGGCAGCUUUUCCAGUCCUCACAUCUCCAGUGGGCUUGGAGGGUAGCCUUCCUGAAACACAUCCAGGGCAGGCACCAGCGAGCCAGGCGAUGGGCACAUUCUGGAGGCGGCACCUACAGAGCGGUGAUUUUUGACAUGGGUGGAGUUCUCAUUCCUUCUCCAGGGAGAGUGGCCGCAGAAUGGGAGCUACAAAAUCAUAUCCCUCCUGGAACUAUACGGAAGGCCUGGUUCUUAGGUGGCGAAAGUGGGCCCUGGAUGAAACUUAUGAGGGGAGAGAUAACAACAGAGGAUUUCUUGCAAGAAUUUGGGAGACUUUGCUCUGCCAUUGCGAAGACCUCUGUACCUGUGGCCUCCUUUUUCUCUCUGCUGACCAGUGAGCAAGUGGCACAGCAGUUCCCAGUGAUGACUGAGGCCAUAACUCAAAUUCGGGCAAAAGGCUUUCGGACUGCAGUCUUGAGCAAUAAUUUUUAUCUCGCCAACGGGAAAAGCUUUUUGCCCCUGGACCGGAAACAGUUUGAUGUGGUUGUGGAAUCCUGCCGAGAAGGUCUCUGUAAGCCAGACCCCAGGAUCUACAAGCUGUGCUUGGAGCGGCUCGGCCUGCAGCCUUCUGAGUCCAUCUUUCUGGACGAUCUUGAACUGAAUAUAAAAGCAGCCACCAGCCUUGGCAUUCACACCAUUCAGGUUGAUGACCCAGAGACUGCCGUAAAGGAAUUAGAAACCCUUUUGGGCUUUACGUUGAGAAUGGUUAUUCCAAACACUGGCCCUGUGAGAAAGACAGUGGAGAUUCCACGAGAUUCCUUGGAGAAGUACCUCAAAGACUUACUGGGGACCCAAAGCACAGGCCCAUUGGAACUCCUUCAGUUUGAUCAUGGGCAGUCCAAUCCAACCUACUACAUCAGGCUCGGUAACCACCAGCUGGUUCUGAGGAGGAAACCCCCGGGGACACUUGUUCCAUCCACCCAUGCAGUGGAGAGGGAAUUCAGGAUAAUGAAAGCCCUUGCCAAUGCUGGAGUGCCUGUCCCCAAAGUUCUUGGCCUCUGUGAAGAUUCAGGGGUCAUUGGCACUCCAUUCUAUGUGAUGGAAUACUGCCCAGGCCUCAUCUACAGAGACCCUUCUCUGCCAGGCUUGGAGCCCAGCCAGAGGCGGGCCAUAUACACUGCCAUGAACAGAGUCUUGUGCAAAAUUCACAGUGUGGACCUCAAGGCUGCAGGCCUAGAAGACUAUGGGAAACAUGGGGACUAUAUUCCACGGCAGGUGCAAACCUGGAUUCAGCAGUAUCGAGCCUCAGAAACCAGCACCAUCCCCGCGAUGGAGAGGCUCAUCCAAUGGCUGCCCCACCAUCUUCCCAGGCGACAGAACACGACAGUGGUGCAUGGGGACUUCAGGUUGGACAACCUGCUGUUCCAUCCAGAGAAGGCUGAGGUGCUUGCUGUCCUUGACUGGGAGCUCUCUACCUUAGGCGACCCCCUUGCAGACGUGGCCUUCAGCUGCCUGGCUCACUACCUGCCAUCCAGUUUUCCCGGUUUGCGUGACUGUGAUUUCACUCAGCUGGGCAUCCCUACCGCAGAGGAGUAUUUCAUGAUGUACUGCCAUCACUCGGAGAUCCCUCCCGCUGAGAACUGGAACUUUUACAUGGCUUUCUCCUUUUUCCGCAUGGCUGCAACCCUGCAAACAGUCUACAAGCGCUCGCUCCCAGGGCAAGCAAGCUUGGCAGCCGCCGAACAAAAUGAAAAGCUGACUGAAUAUAUGUCUAACCUGGCCUGGGAUUUUGCAGUCAAAGAAGGGUUCCGGGUUUUCAAAGAGAUGCCAGCCACAAAACCACUAGUGAGGUCCUACCACACUCAGUGGUCACAGCUCCUGCUGAGCACCCCCGGCACGAGCAGUUACAUCGUCUUCACAGACUCUUCCCCAGCUUAGGCCUCAAAGGGAGCUUUGGUUAUCCGUCCAGAGGGCCUUUCCCCACCACUCCGGGGGCUAGCUACUGAGCUUAAUACAAAUGGUGAGACCAGUGCAUGUACUGAUACUGGAAAUACAUCAUUAGACCAGGCCCAAUAUCGGUGUAAAAGUCAGGCUAGCCGGCCCCCUCCCCAUGAAGAAACUGAUCAAAUAUCUUGCCCGGCAGGUAUGGCAGGAAUGGCGCUAAACUGCAAAGCCAAGGCUGAAAGACUUUGGAAGCUUUUCCUACCCUUGGAGACGGAUUCUGAAAAAAAAUACGGAGCAGGACUGACCAACACUGAGUGUGCACAUUUGUGUGAACUCCCGGGCAUGUCUAUAUGCUCCCGAAUCUUUAAUUGUUCUGCUCCAGAUUUGGGGAACAUGAAGCUUCUGGUGCAAUAAGCCCAGGAGCAAAAGGCCCACUGGCUGAUUCUGUUGCCAGAGGGAGAGGCCAGCUCCCAUUCUGCUAGGACCCAGCCUCAGGUCGCCUCAUCAGUUGCCACCAACCUGAGUCUUCCAUCUGAGAGAAGAGCUUCUACAUCACAGUCACCAGGGGUGGAUCUCAGAGAGCUCAUGGCUCUGGCAGCAGAUGAGAGGGCCUGUCUCUCUCCUUUCCUCUCCAUCCCGGAUCCUCGCUGCCAGCUUGGUGUGUUUAGGGGAAAAACAGACCCACAGGCCCCAAGCCAGUGGCAGCACAUGCUCUUGGUUCCCAUGGAUACUCCAGGGAUGAAAAUCACCCAGGCUGUGGCAGCGGAUGGGCUGGAGGAUGCUCCGGGUUACCCUGGUGAAGUCCUGUCGGAGCAGAUAGGGGUGCUCGAGGAGAACAUGGUCUGGGUUCCCGGCCGAGGCUUCAAGAUCGCCCAGGGCAGACUGGAUCCCAGCAGGAUCCACCAAUGCAUAUGGCUGACUGGAUCGUCAGGGAGGGCUGCAGCUUUAGAUAUUGCCAUGGUGAGAAUGGUGGCCCCGUCCAUGGUCUCCCAGGCGACCGAUGGCGUUAUUCAGACCUUCAGAGCAGCAGGGCUGAGCAGCAACUACCUCAUGGCUCGGUUCUUUGCCUGGGCCCCUGCCUGCACUUUGCCGGGCAGCUGUGGCCGAGAUGGAGCUGGAGUACGGCAGGCGCUGGAAUGUCCCCGCUGGGCCUGCAGGGCCCCAAAUGGAACUCGUGGGCAUGGCAUCCGCAAGCUGUCCAUGCUCCCCUCAGCCCUGAUUUCAGAUACUAUCAGAUACUUCCAGAAUAAUCCUAUAGAGGCCGAAAGAAAGACUGAAUCCCAGACACCUUGCCUGGCUGGGGGCCCCUCAAGACAACAGCCCGAAAUGAUCUCAAAGAACAUUCUCCACCACAUACCCCCAUCUCAGAGUUUCCACUGA